CUGACCGAUCUGUGCUCCGUUUAAAUCGAUACUCUGAGCUGCUGUGCUGCUUUUUAAUCCACCUGAUGGACCUGAACAACGCCCGGCGCGCGUCCUCCGCAGGUUACCGGCUACCUGAGCGAUCCAACGGGACGAGGACGACAACCAGCCAGGCACCGGCGGAGAGGACGCGGUGGGCCGCCGGAGACGGAGCUGCACUAAACCCGGACAAGAGAGACCCCGUUAAACAACGAGGUGUGGAAGGAGGUGGUCUGGCGAGAGAGGAGAGGCGUCCUGGAGUGGGGCAGCCGAGAUCAGAGGAGCCCUUACCCACCUACGUGUCCCUCUUCUCUGAUCGCAUCCCCAACACCACCAACCAGACAUUUGGCAGCAGAAUGUCCACUCCGCUGGGGAGUGAAUUGGUCAGAUUAGACAGGUUGCUGCUUUGGCAGAAAAACCAUCACAUGCGCAAGCAAGAUCCAGAAAUGCUCCCCUGCUAGAUGAACCUGGAGCACAAUCAGCUCACAUCCGGACCUCUGCACACCUCGUCGGCUUUGUUAGCUCAACUCCUCAGAACAGGGACUGUACUGCUCAGUUGUGCUUGGCAACAUGUAAUAAAGCUUAGUUAGUUUAGACUGAAUGUUCAGGGUUUGUUUUAGUCACGAGUAAAUAUUGAUAAAAAUGCAGACAUCUAUUUAGAAGCCGCCAUGUUAGAAGAGUAAUAAGAAAAGGUUGUUUACUGUCUGCUAAUUGACCCUAAUUGGCUUUAUGCUCAUAAGUUGUGUUUAUUACUAGGUAUGGGUGCUAAUUGCAAGAAAACAAAGGUCACAGGCAGCACACAGAAUUUAAUGGUAAAGUUAAUAGCAUGCUGUUAAGGGCAGGAGAGAAGGGAAGACUCAGGCAGAUCAGAUUCAUGUCAUCUGAGCUCCAUCAAGUAUUUAAGUAGACACUUGAUCAUCUAACAAGACACCUGAUCAAAUUUAGAUGAGUGAAAGGUUGUACCACUUCUUUUCUUUGCCAAAGGCCUCAAAUAGUAUGCAAUAAAAGAAAAAGCACAAAACAGCCUGUAGAUCCUUAAACAACAACUAUGUAGCAGGGAUUACAAAUAGUUCUUAUACAGGAAUUUACCAUGUGAGAAUCUGAUGCUGUAUUUUAUUUUGCUGUUCAUACUUUUUUAUGUAUGAAAUGUCUGUUACAUAUACUGUCACAUGUUUCUCGGAUACAAGCCAUUGUUUCACUGAGGAGCCAUAUUAUCUACAGUUUGUUUGAUGAAGCUGUAGCGUACACACACCUGCACCUUGUGUGAACGGCAGCAUAUCGCAGCUUUUUGUACUGAUGUAGCAGCUUUAGCAUGCCAUUUAGGAUACUGUAAUGUGAUGAAACACUGCCCCUUUGUUUGAAUCUGAAUAAAAAUGUUGUUCCCCACUGAAUUCGAAAAGCAUGUUGUUGUAAGAUGAUUUUGGAUGUUGUUGCAUCAUAUAAUGCAAAGUCGCCCUGGAAUAAAAGUUUUGCAUUUUAAA